AGAAUGGAGGGUAGCCCAAAAUCUGAAAACGCCGAACAGAGCAGAGCAGAGCAGAGAGAGAACGAGCGAGAGAAUGGGGAAGCCACUUGGAUCAACAGGGGAAUUCUUCAAGAGGAGGGACGAGUGGAGGAAGCAUCCGAUGCUCAGCAAUCAGCUCCGCCACGCCACCCCUGGCCUAGGCAUCGCCCUCGUUGCCUUUGGCAUUUAUCUGGUCGGGGAGCAGGUCUACAACAGGAUUUAUGCUCCUUCCUCCUCUCAUCAUCACCAACAACAAUCUUCUUCUCACUCCCAUUGAGAUCAGAAAAUCAAUAUUGCAGGUAGAUGCUCUAUGGAAAGAACACAGUUUGGACAUGGUCAUGUUUCAGUUUCCCUCUGUAGUUUGCUGUAAUAAGCUUCGUACUGACAUAAAACGGACUUGCUUCAAGUUUGAUUAUUGAAACCUUGUAUGCUUUAUCUGUUUCCUCCUCAUGUUGGUAUGUUUAAUGGACUCAUUAAUGUCAUAUCUUUCGAACUUAAAAAAUCUUAUAGUAAGUGAAUACCAGUCGUACUGCGUAGUUUGCGAUGCUUAAGAA